AUGCGCUGCCCAACGGUGGCAGCAUUCGCGGCGCUCGCCUGCGCGCGCCGCCCGCCGGCGCAUCGGACGCCGAAGGCGCACACGCCCAAGCGCGACUACCGGGCGUCCUCCAGCGCGACAUCCACGCCCAAGCCGAAGCCGCCGCCGAUCCGGCCGCUCCGCGGACCCCAGCGGUGCCGGCCGCGCGUCGCGCCCGCGACGCCGCCGGCCCGCCCCUACGCGCUGCUGCUCGCGGGCGGCCUGCGGUCGUUCCUGGUGACGUGGCCGCUCACGCUCGAGAACCUCAUCAACAAGAACGGCGGCCGCGCGAACUGGUGGAUCGCGCUCGUGGCGCCCUACGAUCCGCGCGAGCGCGCGCUCGCGGACGCCGCCGUGGACCUCGCGACGCGGCGCCACGGCUUCGACUUCGUGCGCGUGGUGCCGGAGAACGAGACGGCGACGCGCGCCUUCUACGCGGGCGUCGACGACGUGCUCCGGUACCUGCCCGGCGACGAGGCGACGAGCUUCGGCAUCUCGCGGCAGGUGACGCAGAAUUGGGUCCGCUGGUCCAUGGCCUUCCAGUGGGAGAGCGUCACGCGCGCCUACGACGCGCUCGCGAACCUGACGAACCCAGCGGACCUCGCGCUGGUCACGCGCAUGCGCCCGGACACGCUCCUGGCGCGGCCGCUCGACCUCGAGGCCGUCGCGGCGAAGCUCGACCGGCGGCGCCAAGACGCGCUCGUCCCGUGCCUCGUCAACACCGCGAGGUUUAUCGACGAUUUUAUCGUCGCGCGGCCCGCGGCCAUGGCCGACUACGCCCGCGCCUGGGACGGCGCGCAGGAGGCGGAGCACCACGUCUACCGCGUCGUCGGCGCGUGCCCGCUCGUGGAGCGUGUCUUCCACGCGACGCUCGAGCUCGCGUUCGCGGCGGACUACGCGCGGGACGGGACCUACAACGCGUCGCACGAUAAAACGCACCGCCGGUGCCUCGGCAACGUCAACGACCGCCCCUCUCUUGGGCCGCGGAAGCCCGGCCAGAAGUUUCCUGUGGCGCCGGCGCCGAUCAUCGACAACCCGCGGCGACCCGCGCGCCUCCCGGCCUUCAACGCGACGGACCUCGGCCUCGUGGCGCGGUUCAACGCGGCGACGCGGAACGUGACGUUCUGCGACCGGCCCGGCACGGAGUUCAAGAAACCGGGCGCGGCGUGCGAGGAGGUCGUCCGCCGGCUCGCGCGGCAGCCCCGGGCGCGGAAGCCGCCGGUCGUCCACCGGGCGCGGGCGCCGCCCAAACCGCGCGCGACGUCGUCGCCGCCGCCCCCGCCGCCGCUCCCGGCGCCCGAGGCGCGCGUCUGCGCCGCGCAGCGCCGCCGGUGGCGCGCGGUCGCGGGCAAGGUCGCCCGCGGCGAGGAGGUCGUCGUCGUCGUCCUCGGCGGGUCCAUGCUCGCGGGCACGGGCUGCAGCCCCGGAGGCGUGGCCUGCGCGUACCCGAGCCGCCUCGCCGGCGCCUGGCCCGCGGAGCCGGGUUCGCCGCGGCCGCGGCUGCGCGUCGUCAGCCGCGCGCGCGGCGGCACGACGACGGCGUCGACGCUGCCCUUCCUCGAGUACCUCCUCGCGCUCGACGGCGACGGCGGCGGCGCGCCGGACCUGGUCCUCGUCGACUUCAGCGUCAACGACGCGCGCGAGUCGCAGGACUGGACGACGGACAUCGACGCGGAGACGACCGCCGCGCGGCCCUUCGGCCGCGGCGACCGCGUCUUCGCGGCGACGGAGGCGCUGCUCCGCUUCGCGCUCGUCGCGGACGCGUCGGCGCUCCUCGUCGUCGAGUCGCAGUACUACGAGGCCUCGAGCCUCGCCGCGCACCGGCGCGCGGCGGCCCGCUACGGCGUCGCCUUCGUCGCCUACGGCGACACGCUCGCCGACCCCGUCGUCGACGCCCGGGACUGGGGGCCGCCGAACGACACCGCGACGAACUGGGCGCACCCGCCUGCGGCGACGCACGCGCGCGUCGCGGCGGCCGCGGCCGCGUACGCGGCGCGCGUCGUCGCCGCCGCCGGCGGCGGCGACGACGACGCGGCCUUCGCGGCGCGCCUCGCGGCGCCGGCGGCGGCGCCGGCGGCGCUCGCGGCCCAGUUCCGGGUCUGCGGUGCCGCGCUGUCGACGUACGACGCGCGGCGCGCGUUCGCCGCGAACGCGUCCGCCGCGCCGCGCCCCCGCGUCGUCCGGGGCGACUGGACCCUCGCCGAGGACCGGCCGGGCAAGCCCGGCUGGAUCGCGACUACGGCCGGGUCCCUCCUGGCCUUCGACGCCGAGUUCGGGCCCUCGCCGCGCCUCGUCGUCGUCUUCACGCGGAGCUACGCGAGCUUCGGCGACGUCCUCCUGUCCGUGCCGGGCCACAAGCGGCUCCACGUCAAGGGGCCCCACAAGGGCCAGGAGGAGAAGGAAGUCCUCGCAGGCUGCUGUAACGGCGACAAGGUCACGCAAUCCGAGCUCCGCGUCGUCAACGUCGCCCAGUUCUUCAGGGUCCCGCCGAACGCGACGGCGACCGUCCACCUCGAGCUCCAGGGCGCGAGGCAUACCAAGGCCAUGGUGUCCCUCCUCUCCACGUGCUAG